AGAGGAUGAUGCGCAGCUGACGCGUUUUUCGACGCGAGGAAUCCUCGACGAAGACGAGGUUGAGUAGACUCGUUUUCAAUUUUGCGUCCUUCCUGUAUAUAAAGCCUGGGCUCGACUGUAUCCCGUUCAUCGGGAAGCGCUGUCAGAGUGUGGUGACUCGAAAAGAUGAUUUCUAUUCAGUCUAACUCUAGAGCUCUGUCGUUUUCUUUCUUUUAUACUCUGUGUGUUUUCAUGAAACUGCUGCGCUAGCGAGCACUGAUCCAAUAUGGCGUUUGUUUUAAAAUGAUGUUAAUUUGUCCCAUUUGUAUAACGUUAACGGUCUUUACUCCAUAAAGCGGAAUUAUAGUAAGCUACAUCACUCGCAAAGCAUAAAAAACACUACAAAUUGCUGCCUAAAAUUAAAUAGUAGUACGAUCAAUGAGUGGUUUCAAAAUAAUCAAUGGCAGAUUCACAUUUUAUUGCUGCUAUUCAUGUAAUCAAAACAUUGCACUUAAACUUGAAAUUUGCAGAGAUGGCCACUGUUAUACAGAAAUAUAGCUUAACAUAUACUAAACAUAUUUACAUAACUAAAUGUGUCUAGCAUUGUAGAUAUCUAAAGCGUUCAGUUUGACACCAGUCAAAAAAAUUUUUCCUCAUUACACCAAAUUCACAAAAAUAUUACACCAUAUUAAUAACCUAAAUUCAUGCAGAUUUGUAGGUUAUCUUUGGCUUGGGCUCUUGAUUUGUAUGUGUGUAUGUCUGUCAGAUUGAGAAUAAAUGGAGGAGGAAGAGAGAGAUGUGGAGGAUGUUCUUCAGUCUGAGAGAGAGGAUGCACAGCCUGAACACAUAAGAGAUGGACUGCAACAUGACAAAAACUCAAAAGCUGAAGAAAAUGCAGAUGUACAAGAGCUUCCACCAGUCAUUCCAGCCUCAGAAACUGUAGCAGCCAAUCAGAAGCCUUCCACAGUCCCGACGCAAAUGGACAACUUAAUUAUACUUGACCAAAACGGACAUCCUAUUCAAUAUGAUCGGGUGGUGAUUGUGACAGGGGGGAAUGGACAAUUAUAUGGUGUCCCAUCUGUGUCUAUGGGGGCCGCUCAGAUGUUACUACCUCAUGGUCAGCUGUUGAAUGUCGCAAAGUCAUCAGGUGUCUUUGUGGAGAAAAGACAGCAGACAAUCAUCACAUCCAUAAAAGACAGUGAUGGCACUCAUAGUUUAGCUGCAGUGGCAGCUCAGAAUGUCACUGGUAUUAAAAUUCACAGGAAAAGUCCUCCUGAUGUAUUUGAGCCUCCAGUGAAGCCACUUCCGCCUGGGGCACCAACCUGGGCUCUGAGACUGCGCCGGUGUGAGAAGAUCGGUGACUCGUACCGUGGUUACUGUAACACAGAGGCAGAGCUGGAAGCCAUUCUGCUUCUACACAAGCAGCAGACCCACGCCGUGUUUGGCACCCGUCAGUCACCCUCACUGGCUAAACCUGCCACCAGACUCAUGUGGAAAUCACAGUAUGUGCCCUACGAUGGCAUUCCCUUUGUUAAUGCAGGAAGCAGAGCUGUUGUGAUGGAAUGCCAGUUUGGUCCACGGAGGAAGGGUGUUCAACCUAAAAAAGGGUCUGAGCAAGAAACAAAUCAAAACAUCCUCUACAAAGCAACCUGCCCUGCCAGAAUAUAUAUCAAAAAAGUACGAAAAUUCUUGGAGUACAAGGUUCCAACAGAUCCCAAAGUGGACAAGAAGGUAGUGCGGCAAGAGCAGGAGAAAGCCUUCUUCAACCUCAAGAAGACUUUAUGGGAUGUUGGAGGCGUUGAAAGGUAUUACAUCCAGCUCCCCACAGAGAAAGCCCACCUGUACCACGACGUGGACACUGCAAACCUGCCUCCACUUCCAGAGCAGAUCUGCUUCGCAGAGGAACAACAAAAUGAAGAGGAAGAGACAGAGGAGCUGGAUGUCCUGAUGGAAGAUGGGACACCCCUACCCUCUCGACUACACCCGCUCGUAGCAGAGAAGAUCUGUGAGUUGGUGGCACAAGGUCAUAAUGAAGUUUACACUGUCCGCAAGCAGCUCAGGAGGUUUGUGGAACGUGAGAUGUUCAAAUCGGAGGAAGUGCCUGAGAGACACAAUCUGUGUUACUUUCCCACUGUCAUUGACAUCAAGAACCACAUCCACGAGGCUCAGAAAGCUCUUCAGAUGACUACGGGACCACUGGCUACCUCAGACACAGAAUGGAAAGCAGAGGCUAAUAACUUGCUUCCGGAGACUUUGACUCCUGCUACUGUGGGCGUAUCCUCUCAGAAGGAAGGGCUCCUGGAAGGAAGUGAUACUCUUUCUCCAGAGGCUGUGCAGCUCUUCAGCUCUCUCACCUCACUGCAGCCCAGGAUCUUUGCACAUCUCCAGGCAAUCCAGCUACAGCCUGCCUUGUGUCCAGUGGAAGAAACUGCUCAACCUACAGCAGCACCACCAGAAGCCCAAGAGCUGUCCAGCCCUGCGCCCCCACAGCCUGUCCUGCUGAGUCCGUCCCACUUCCUGCAAUCGAGUCCCAGUGCUGGUGAAAGCGUAACUGUGUGUGAAGGCAUGAGUCAGCUGGUGAGCGUGGCCUCGGCCGCUGAAGGUGGCAUCACACAAAUCCUGUUGGAGGAUGGACAGGCUAUUCCUGUCCAGAUUGUAGACCCUGCAAGCAUAACUUUGACUCCCUCAGCGGACGAAACUCCAGUAAAAUAGGACGGUGGAUGUGUCAGUGGAUGUGUGAGCAGAGUCAGAGGCUGGAAACACAACAGUGGGAAAAGAAAACAACAUUCUGAGCUCUUUGAUGACUGGAGGAUUCAUUCAUUGUAUCAUAUACAGUAUUAUGUGAACACGGACUUGUAUGCAAUAUUGAUAUGUAGUAUUAUUAUUUUUUCCCCAUAUAUUAUAAUUUCCCAUUAUUGCUAUUUUAAUUUAUUAUGGUGACAACAAGAGAAAAAAGCAAUUUCUCAUUAAAAGUCUAACUGAAUAAAUGAG